AUGUUUUGUAUAAAGAUUAAAAAAAACAAACAAUUCUUUCUUUUUUCUUUCUUUUUUUUAAUUCUAAUAUACUCAAUAUUUACCGAUAUAAAUUUACGAUAUUUUCUUUCUUUCUUUCUUUCUUUCUUUCUUUCUUUCUUUCUUCUGUUUUCCAUAAAUCUUAAGUUAUACUUCUUUUCCCUCGCUCUCGUUUUCGAUUCUUUCUUCUUUCUUUCUUUCUUUCUUUCUUCCUGUCAUCCUUUCUUUCUUUCUUUCUUUCUUUCUUUCGUCCUUUCGUCCUGUCAUUCUUUCUUUCUUUCUUUCUUUCUUUCUUUCUUUCUUUCUUUCUUUCUUUCUUUCUUUCUUUCUUUCGUCCUUUCGUCCUUUCGUCCUUUCGUCCUGUCAUCCUUUCUUUCUUUCUUUCUUUCUUUCUUUCUUUCUUUCUUUCUUUCGUCCUUUCGUCCUGUCAUCCUUUCUUUCUUUCUUUCUUUCUUUCUUUCUUUCUUUCUUUCUUUCUUUCUUUCUUUCUUUCGUCCUUUCUUUCUUUCGUCCUUUCUUUCUUUCGUCCUUUCAUCCUUUCUUUCGUCCUUUCUUUCUUUCGUCCUGUCAUCCUUUCGUCAUUUCUCUCUUUCGUCCUGUCAUCCUUUCUUUCUUUCUUUCUUUCUUUUUUUCUUUCUUUCGUCAUUUCUUUCGUCCUUUCUUUCGUUCUUUCUUUGUUAA